AUGAUAUUCGGGAUGUUCUGUAAAAUCUAUCUCUUCUCAUUUAUUGUUGCCUUUUCUGUUGACAAAGGAAACUGUGUGAUCCUCGACAUUUUACCAGGAUUGAUUGUUUCACCAGAAGCUACACAUCUGACGGUGAAAUGUUCUGCAGCAACUGACUUGGGAAUCACAACCCUCGACAACAUAUCAAUACGCAAGGGCGUUGAGCAGAUGGCCUCCAUUGUUCUUGGCGGCUCUGCUACUGCUGGUACAGGGUUCGAUACAUCAAAAUAUACCAUAAGUGGGCAAUUACCAGGGCCAAGUUAUUCUCCAACAGACUUUCUUCAAGUAGAGAUAAGUGAUCCUGACUGCACCGAUGGAGCUGAUUACACAUGCGUUAUUAAAGCGGCUCAUGGUGUUGGACCUAUCUCUCCUGAUCCACAAUUGACACAAUCUGUAACAGUUCAAACUGGAUCGUCAGAAUUGAACAUGGUUGCCAACCCCGACAAAAUAGUCUUCUUUGAAAAUGAUGUUGUGUUAUUGACUUGCGGUGGCAAAGUUGGUAAUCCAGCACAAACGUGGAAUUGGGAAAGGCAACUUUCCGGAUCCUCCACUUGGGAACCUUAUCCGGACGCAGGAAGUAUAACUACCGGAUCAUUAAAUCCUCCGAAUCCAGAUGGACCCACUGAGUCUUCUUUAUCACCACCAACAUUGGAUGCAGUUAAUGAAGGAGAUGAUAUGACACCUGUGUCGUGUACCCAUGAUGCAUGUAAUCCUUACUGUGAACGAGACUGGUAUAAAGAAUUCAAAGAUUUGGUAACAACCACUAAUGGGGUAUUGGAUCUUAAAAACAUGAAGCGUGUACAAGCUGGGACUUACAUUUGCCAUGUGGAAAAUCCAGGCAUCCUGAAUAGUGAAUUGAUCAAAGAACUGGUAUUGGCGGUUCACUAUGGUCCAGAACUUCUUCAAUUAAAUCCCAAUAGCGUUGCACCUCAACAAGAAGGAAGUUCCGUGCCACCAAUAACCUGUUCAGUUGAUUGCGGUCCAGUUUGUACAAUUGCAUGGUAUCACAAAUCUAUUGAACCAGGAAAUGUAGUACCGACAUCUAACGGUGUUCUUAAGUUACAAAGUAUCACCAGAUAUGAUGCUGGUCUCUAUAUCUGUCAAGUUAUUCAUCCAGUAAGUGCCAGCAAUUCACAGUCUGUUGAGAUAGAUAUUGAAGUCAAUUGUCUUCCCUCUGAGGUUACCAUUUCCUUAUCGCCAGUUAAAGAGGAAUAUGACGUUGAAGAAGAAGUUACCAUAACGUGCAGUGGGGGAGUCGAUCACUCAAUCAAAUUUCAACAGUCCUUAUCGGAUAGUAGCGACUGGGUGGAUUAUGAUGGUGUUACCGAUUCUCAGCCACCAGGAGAUGGCUGUUCUGAUAAACAGUCAACGGCACUCACCGUUACAAUAGGUUCUUCGUCGAAUGGUUUGAGCUUCCGUUGUAUUCAAAAUAACAACCUCAGUGAAUCCAUAACACUGAAAGUCAAACAGAACAACCAUAACGGGGGAUGCUCAAUCAACAGCUUUGGUGGUUUGGUUUUGACUGCUAUGGUGACUGUGGUUGUCAUCUAG